UCUAUCUACGUUUCAGGCAUGAAGAAGUGGUAAACGAAGAAGCAAAGCAAAAGCAGUGUGUUCACAACGUUGAACUGUUAUUCUCUCUCAAACAUUCGUUCUUCUCUCAUAACAUGCCCUCUGCCCAGGAUCCAUUCUACGUUGUCAAGGCCGAGAUUCAAGAUUCUAUUGAUAAGUUGAAGUCUACUUUUCACCAAUGGGAAAGCACUUCUGACGCUGCAGAACAAGGACAUCUUAUGAAGGAGGUUCUUGCUGGAUGCGAAAGCAUAGAGUGGCAGGUGGAUGAAUUGGAUAAAGCAAUUGCUGUUGCAUCUAGAGAUCCUUCUUGGUAUGGAAUUGAUGAAGUGGAGCUUGAAAGCCGGAGUAGAUGGACAAACAAUGCUCGUACUCAGGUUGGCACAAUGAAAAAAGAAGUGGAAGCCGGAAAGGGCUCAAGUACCACAAGCCAUGCUAGCGUAAAUGGGAUGCGCCGAGAACUACUUAGGCUACCGAAUUCCCAUCAGACCGAUACCUCCAAUCAGUAUGCUGCCCGAGAUAAUGAUGACUUCAUACAAUCAGAAUCAGAUAGACAAAUGCUGCUUAUAAAGAAACAGGAUGAGGAGUUGGAUGAGCUUAGUGAAAGUGUACGAAGAAUUGGAGGUGUUGGACUUACAAUACAUGAUGAACUCCUUGCACAGGAAAAGAUUAUAGAUGAACUCGGUUCUGAGAUGGACAGUACAACAAAUCGUCUUGAUUUUGUCCAAAAAAAGGUAGGAAUGGUUAUGAAGAAGGCUAGUGCAAAGGGUCAAAUCAUGAUGAUAUUGGGUUUGUUGGCCCUAUUUAUCUUCCUCUUUAUCUUGGUAUUCUUCACCUAGACAUUGAAAUGGGGCCAGUUUCUGCGUUGUUUGUACAUGAAAAGAGAUCUCAUUUUUUUCGGUUGAGAUUCAAUAUUAAUAAUUGAAAUAAUGCAUCUCUAUCAGUUACAUGUAACCCUGCGUGUUAUAUGUUUCUGGAAGAUGGUAGAUAGUUCUGAUUGCGAUGAAAAUGAGAGGCAAUGUAUUUAAAGAUUUAUAACAGGAUUUUGAAUUUAGACACGUUGGAUUACUUGAAUGAUAUAGUGAUAUUUGUUGCUUAAACCA